UUUUUAAAAAAAUUACAGGAUUUUUCGCAGAAUGGAUAAAGAUGGAAGCAAACAACUUAACAAAGAAGAGUUCUUCGCGGGCAUCGAAGAAACUGGACUGGACAUAAGCCACGAGGACGCAGAGAAAUUGUUCGCUCAGUUCGACACAACCAACAGCGGUUCCAUCAGUAUCGAUGAAUUUAUCAAAGAGAUUCGUCCUCCGAUGAAUGAGGGCCGCCGUGCUAUAGUCGAUCGCGCGUUCAGGAAAUUGGAUAAAACUGGAGAUGGGGUCAUUGCCACAGAAGAUCUCCGUGGCGUUUACUCGUGCGCUGCAAACCCAAGGUACAAGAGCGGUGAAGAGACCGAAGAACUGCUCAUUGGAAAAUUCCUAGCUAACUUUGAGAGCGAGGGCACCGUUGAUGGCAAGGUAACGCUUGAGGAGUUCAUGAACUACUACAGCGGCAUCAGCGUGUCCAUGGAGGACGACUGCUACUUUGAUCUUAUGAUGCGGCAGGCCUACAAGCUCUAAAGAUCAGGCCAGAUGCAUGCACCUAACAUCGCUGAGACAAGACUGUGAUUAAUUCAUGACACGCCAGUUAUUUUCGUAUUUACUCUCGCACGCCCACAUUUCAACUCGGGUUAGGCGGUCAUUGGCUGUCACAAUAAGUGAGGAUGUGUGUGCUAUUGUGAUCACGGCAUGUCAUGAAGUCACAACUCCGUGGUCCGCGACGUGGUCCUUGCAGUCGUUGCAUUAUUCAUCCAUGGCCAGAAGUCCUUGUUUGUUAGCAUUUGGACAAGCGGGACAGCACACGCGCGUAUUUUUUAAGGCUUUUGUCGACGUCAUCCUCGAGAUGUCAAGCACUCAGUCACUAUGCGUUAUUCAUAUCAAAUUAUUAAUGGAAGUUAUAUGAAAUUAAAUACUUACCUAUUUUA